UCCAAGAGGAUGGCAUAGUCCCUUUCAGGGGUAGGCGUCCCCCCAUCGGCGGCAGCGACUGCAGCUUGAGGCGGCGAGGGACAUCCAUCGGAGGAGAGGCAGGAGACCUUAGUCCAGAGCCGGAGGGAGGAGUGCGGCGUCACCAGGGCCUGUGAGCACCCGCCCAGCAGCGCUCCAUCCCCCAGGGCAGGAUGGACAGGCUGCGGCAGGUGCUCAGGAGGAGGUCGGCCAAGGUGCUCUCCAUGGGAGAGGAGAGCAGCAGGGAGCCUGGGCAGGAGGAGCGGGGCCCCACCUGCCGUGAUGAGGAGGGGCCCAUCAGGGCAAGGAGCUGGCUGUGCCCCAUCUGCUGCCGAAGUAAACUGGCAGCUCCCAGCGGCAGGGGAAAGGAGGGAAAGAAAUCAGCCACCUCCAAGUCCAGAUGGAGGUGGCCAUGGGUGCGCCUGGGCAGGCGGGAGCCAGCGCCAUCACAGCUCCCGGCACCCGAAGAGCCGUGCAGCUCCCCUCCUGGGUCAUGGGGCAGCCUGGAGCCCGGCCCUGCAGCCCCGCAGCAGGAGGCAGCCCCGUGCCAAGCCGGGGACGAGGGCCCAGCUGCCCUGGGGCAGGAGCUGAGCCAGGCCCACAGCAGCCCCUGCCUGAGCCGCAGCUCCUCCUGGGAUGACUGGCACACGUCCCAGGAGUCCGGGAGCACCAGCCCCAGCACCAGCUCCUCCUCCUCCUCCUCCUCCUCGGACUCUGAAAAGUCCCAAGAGGCCCAAAGCACCAGCACGAGCACGAGCAGCAGCUCCUCCUCGGAGGACAGCGAUAGCUCGGAGGAGUCCAACACCACCAGUUCGACCAGCAGCUCCUCCUCGGAGGACUCCAGUAGCUCCCUGGAGUCUGGGACCAGCCCGGCCCCCGGUGCCACCUGCACAGUGAUUCCCAGCCCAGCCGGCGAGGAGCUGGAGGAAGAGGAGGAGGAAGAGGAGGAGGAGGAGGAAGAUGGAAGGUCCCCGGAAGAAGCUGCCCUCCUCCUUGUGAAGAAACACCUGCAGGACCCCGGGGAGAUGCUGGACGGGAAGGACAGGCAGCGCUUCCUGCUGGCCAUCAUCAGCCUGACCAUCGCCGCGGACCAGAGCAGAGAGGUGGCUGUGGAGCUGGAGGACCUGAAAGCGGCCGUGCUGGAGAGGAUCGUGGACCUGAUGGAGACCAUCUCAGUGGAGGGCGACCGAAAACACAUCCUGGCGUACAGCAUAGACGCCAUCCGCUGCCUCAGCGACCCGAAGCUCAGCCUGGAGCCAGCGCUGGAGUCGCGCCUCCUGCGGGCCGCCGUGGAGAAGAGCUUCCUGGCCAUAGGGCGUGAAACCCAUCGAAACCAGGUCGUGCAGCGACUGUACGAGGAGUACCUGGAGGGCCUGCUGUGCUGCGUCUUGUCCAGCGCCCCCAGCCUGGGCAAGCUCUACUCCAUCUGGGAGCACUUUACAUCGUGGACUGAGGUGCCGGAUGCCCAGCACCGUGCACUGGGCAUGAAGAUCAUGACCGGCGCCAUUGCCUUUGCUGUGCAGCUCCUCCCACAAUUUGAGGGCUCCCCUGACAUACUGGAGGUGGGGGACAUGGCAGCCCGCCUGGGUCUGUCCAUCAACGACCCGGAGGAGACCAUCAGCUGCAAGGCCAGGGCGUGCAUGUAUUUGCUCGCUCAAAUCCUCCUUCAUCAGAGGGGCCAAGACAUGCGAGGGGCAGAGGAGCUGCGGUGCAAGCGCCAGAACGAUCAGAGCCAGGUCCAGAAGUACAGGGACCUGGCGAGAGUGGGAGAGGGGCUGAGAAAGAUCUUGCUGGAGGAGCAAAGGAGAGCUUUCCUGCAGAGGGCCCUUCAUGCAGUUCGCAACGGACCGAUGCACAUCAGCCAAGCUGGGCUGGUUUUCCUGUAUGCAAUCUUGGGGGAAGCCGGCCGCUUGAUGGGGCACAAGGAGAAAGAAAUCCCCAUCAGGGUCCUGAAUAAGCUCUUCAUUAUCACCUACCUGAAGGAGCUGCCUAAAGAUCUGCAAGGGCACAGCCUGCUGGUCACCUCCUCCAGCGCCAUCGCCUCUCUCCAGCCGCCCACACUUGCUCCUGCAGCAACACCUGCAGACCACCUCAACCCUGACAGCACCUCCAUGAGAGAAGAUGACCUCCCCAACCUCACCUGGAGCCCGAUGGCUACAGAGAAAAGCUGCAACAGCGCUGAAGCCACCACACACGUCACCGACUGACAAGUCAUCAUCCAGUCUGAGCCGUCCGCCACAGCCAAGUCAGCCUCUGCAAGAGGAGCAGCCUGAGAAACCCUCGUGGUGAAGAACUUGAAUAUCUUCCAGACCAGCUCUGCAAAGGGCUGGGGAAAGACCAGGCACCAUGAGUUUGUAGUGCCCAGGUUGCCAAGUGGAGGAUGCUCUUGUUGUGUGGAUGGCAUUUUGUGACCCCUGCCUCAGGGCUUUGGCCGGUCGCCAUUUGGGGCCAGGAAGGAAUUUUUUCCCCCUUCAUUUAUGGAACCAACUUUGGGGGGUUUUUCGCCUUCCUCUGAGGCAUCGGGACAUAAUCAGACCAUCCCGGCAUCUGUUGUGUUAGUAGCCUGUCCUUGAAUCCAUCGAGAGCCAUUCAGGGAGUGAAGAGAGCAAAGGCAUAAACCAUGUGCACUGUUGAACAUAGAUUUAGUGUAAUGUGUAAUGUUAUAGAAACUAAGAGGAGAUGUAGGAUAAUAAAGUUAAGCUUUAGUUUUCUUUUCUUAUAA